AUGGAUGGAUCCCAUAUUCGUAUGUCACCUACCACUGAAGAGCCCGUUUCGAGCGGUAAGAAGGGCAAGAGGAGGAAGAUCAUUAAAUCAUGUGCAUUUUGCAGGAAAAGAAAACUGAAAUGCAGUCAGGCAAGGCCUAUGUGUCAGCAAUGCGUGAUUAGAAAGUUGCCGCAAUGCAUAUACACAGAGGAGUUCAACUAUCCCUUGUCUAAUACGGAACUAUUCGGGCAAGUGCCCAAUGUAGCAUUGGUUCAAAAAAUUGAGAACUUACAAACUCUAUUAAAGGAAAACGAUAAGGAUAAUGCGAAACCGGUGCAUUACAGAUGUUCAGACAAUCCAGUACGAUCGCUGCGUACUUCAGUACUAGGUGAUAAUGGCUCGAUGUAUGUGUUUGGCCCUACUUCUUGGAAAACUUUAUCCUUGUUUGAACCAAAUAAGUUUCAAACUGAGUUUCAAAAUUUAUGGAGAGUUUUGAAACCGCUGCCCGAAGGCACUAGAUCGCGAUUAACUGAGAAUAAUAUUGUAGCAGAUUUGCCUAGCUUUUCUCGAAUGGAAAGCUGUAUCGAAUCCUUUUUUGCUGGACCGUUGUUUGACUUGUUGCAUAUUUUCAACAAGGACGAUAUUCUUUCCCUCUUGGACAAGAUUUUUAUUAGAGAUGCCACUAACAGUGACCUAAUCAUCCUACUCAAUUUGGAAGUUAGUCCAAAAGAUAAGUAUAACCUUGGCAUUGUACUUCAAAUCCUUUGCUUGAGCUAUUUUAACCAAAAUGUCCCUCCUUCCGUAAGCCAUUUCAUUCACACUUUAACUGCAGCUUCCUUAUCGUCAUCGAGCUCAAACUUCGUGGAAAAACUACAAUAUUUCUUAUUGUCUUAUAUCAAUGUAAUGAUAAAUUGCACGGAGGGUGUAUGGGAUGCGACUCAAGGCAUUGAUUUAAUCAACGAGCUAUGCCAGGGGUGCGUAAGUUUGGGUUUGAAUGAUAUCGAUAAAUGGUAUUUAAACGAAAGUAAGGUAACUAAACAGAACUUGAGAUGCAUUUGGUUUUGGGCUUUAUUCCUUGAUGUAUCCACGUCAUAUGACGUAGGUAAACCUCCGUCUAUUUUGGAUGAUUUCCUGGAUUUAAGUGUAUUUACUGCGCAGAAUUUCAAAUCACCGGACGUUGACUUCAGAAGAGUUAAGUUGAUGCACGAUUUUUUAAAUGUUUCCAGAUCCAUUACUCGUGAAAUUCACAAGAGAGAGAUAAAUGGAAAGUUGAUUACUUUUUCAUUAAGAUUGAUUGAAUUCAUACAAUCUAACUUUUCACCUAUCGAGCACUAUACGAAUUCAAUUCACUACUCCGGCAUUGAUUCCUUCGAUAUAUUGAUUUUAUCAAGAGCUUUGAGUAUGGUUGCUAGUUUAUACAAUAUUGAAAUGAUCAUCGCUCAACAAAGUAGAAUUAUAGAUAAGAAUAGAAUGGUUCAGUUUCUAUUGAUAUCAAUAUCAGUCUGUGUUAACACAAUAGUAUUUCAUUUUAAAGAAUCUGUCAAUGGACAGAGGGACAUUUUACCUGAACGACUAAAACUGUCGAUUAUUCUAAUAAAUCCUCUUUUAAUACGAAUAAUAUCGCAAGUGUACGGUUUAGCAUUCAAUAGGUUAAUCUUCAGGGAGAAAGGGUUCCUUUUCCUUAUCGACCUUGACACGGGGAAAAAAAUUCAAUUUAUUAAAUAUGAAGAAGAAAACUUCGAUGAGCUCUUGACAGGAUUCGAUAUUAUAACUGAUAAAUUUCUGUCAUUUUCGGGAACAAUAAUAAGAUUUUACGAAAUUAUUGAUAGCAUAUUUGCUUCUAAUGAAAGAAACAAACAGUUGUUUAAAGCAGUUUCCAAUUUUUAUCAAUUAACUUCAACUUUGGCAUUUGAACGCGUAAGUAGGGUUUUAUUUGAUAAAGCAUCCCAAGCAAGAAUAGAAACUGAGAAAGUCUGGCUGAAAAAGGGCAUUAAUAUGGAACAUUUCAGCGAUCUCAUGAUUGAGGAUUUUAUUAAUGAUGUCUGGAGAACGUUUAAAGACAUUUCUAAAGAUCUUUGGUCUAUUGACAAAAAGAAAUUCUAUAAACAAUAUCAUUUCGAUUUAUAA